CAGAGGGUUUCGAGGAGAGUAGCCGGUAGCUCCACACAAAGGGGAGGGGAUUGAGAAUUUAAGCCUGCCUCACCCUAAAGUUGUGUGGGAGAUCUGGCUCGGCGGCGGGAAGAGGGCGGGCCGGAGCCCGGUGGGGUAGUCGCAGGGGUUGGAAAUAGGUUCAAGGCAGGGCUGAAAGUUGAUCCUGGGGCGGAGUCUCAGGACUGGAGCAAGUGGUGGGAGCUUUGGGGAUAGGUCUUGGUGCUUGGGUUUGCGGUAUCGAAGUUCUGGGAGGUGGGGCGGAAGGCACAGGCAGAAAUGGCAGCCCCGGCUUGGCUUCUUAAGAUGCGAAUGAAGGAUUGUUUAAUUAUCUUUAACCAGCCCGGUUCCCGUUUUUGCAAGGGGUUUAGGGUCCGCGUUCUCUGAAGAGUUUGGAAGGAAAGAAGGACGGAGGCUCUUCCGACAAUUUAGCCCCAGGAGGCAUUUAGUGAAUUGAGAGGCCGGCUCCCCCCUAAGUGGGAGGAAACUCAGGUUCCGGAAGUCUUUGCCCUCCCCACCCGCAGGCUGCUACCAUGAGGUUAAAUCAGAACAUCUUGCUGCUGGGGAAGAAGGUGGUGCUGGUGCCCUACACCUCAGAGCAUGUGCCUAGAUACCACGAGUGGAUGAAAUCAGAGGAGCUGCAGCGUCUGACAGCCUCUGAGCCGCUGACCCUGGAGCAGGAAUAUGCGAUGCAGCACAGCUGGCGGGAAGAUGCAGACAAGUGUACCUUUAUUGUGCUGGAUGCAGAGAAGUGGCAGGCCCAGACAGGCGCCACAGAAGAGAGCUGCAUGGUGGGAGAUGUGAACCUCUUCCUCACGGAUCCUGGGGACCCCUCCUUGGGGGAGAUUGAGGUCAUGAUUGCAGAGCCCAGCUGCAGGGGCAAGGGCUUUGGCACUGAGGCUGUUCUCAUGAUGCUGUCUUAUGGUGUGACCAGGCUAGGUCUGAACAAGUUUGAGGCUAAAAUUGGGCAAGGAAAUGAACCGAGCAUCCGGAUGUUCCAAAAACUUCACUUCGAGCAGCUGGCUGUGAGCACCGUCUUCCAGGAGGUGACAUUCAGACUGAUGAUGAGUGAGCCGGAGCAGCAGUGGCUUCUGCAGCAGACCAGCCAUGUGGAAGAGAAGCCCUACAGAGAUCGGUGGUUGGAGCCCCACUGACAGCCGGCCUUGUGGGCAGCCACCCUGUGUGAACGGGGGUGUCAGGACCACACACUCCAGAACAUCAGAACCCUGCAACAGGAGGUGAAUGGACAGGGCCUUCAGGGCAGAGUGCUCCUGGCCCUGCUCCAGGCUGGGAAUCUCCUUUUGGGGCCUUUCAGACUCUGGGCUGAACUUGCCUUGGCCUCUCUGAGGCUGGCAGCGACUCCAGGGCCAGCCCCUCCUCCUGACCAAACCUGGACUCAGGCUCUCGGAACCUGGAGUGGACAGCAUGAAUCUAUGGGAGGAGGUAGGGUGGAAGUGGGAGCUGGAGAAGAAGGGGAGCCUGCUGAGCGGGUG